AUCAGGGUCUAGGAUGCCAGAGAAAGGAUGGAGAGGGAUGCCCAUGAGUCCUGGGAUUUUGUACAAGGGCAAAGGCUAAGGAGCGGGAAAUCAAGUGUGAAAUUCUAUCAACACUGUUGAAUCUGGACACCAUCCUAAGAAUGCCCCACUUCACUAGUUGGAAGGUCUCCCAAGUAAGCAAAAGCUUGACGCCAUAUGACAAUGUCAGAGUCCCCCAUGAGAGGAAGGAGGAGGACCUGCCUGCACACCAGCCCUUGCCUGAUGGGCGGACGCGGCCGAGGGGGGAAGGUGUCCAGAUCGCUAAGGACACAGCCGAUGAUGAGGCUACCAGGGAAGGCCCGCCUCUCGGCAAAACAGAACCGCGGAAAGACGCCAAGGACUGGAAGCUGCCGAUCCCGCUGGGACCCGUUUAUCCACCGUUAAUCUCGAGUCUGAGCACCACCAAAGCUGUGGGGCGAAGCUGGGACUUGACUCCUCUGAUGGCAAAGAGCUUACGAAUACCUGAUGUGCCGGUGGCCUGUGUGCCCCCGCAGGGCCCCUUCUGGCACUCUGUGGACACGAAGGCAGAGAAGAGACUGGCCGGUCGGAAGGAACGCCGCAGCCGCUUUGGGGACGUCAACGUGCACAAGCGCUACCAGCUUGGGAAGAUCUUCAGCCCCUUCCAGGCCCUCGCCACCACGGAGAUGCGAACACUGUCGUAUCCCCAAGACCUGCCCACGAAUCCGCACGUGCAGAGAAUGGGCAUUCCACGCCCCGCGGAUGGGAAUCGCCACGCUCUAUCCCUGUCCUCCACGGAGCCGGGCGCCAGAAAGGAUGACAACAACCCCGCGAAAGAGAAGGCAGCGAGUCACAUUAAAAUGCCUUUAUUCCCCCCAAUAGUUAAAGCAACAAAAUCUAAUGACACGAAAUAA